CAGACAGAGCAGCUGCGCGCUCCCAUCUCUGACAUUCCGGCCGCUCUCACGUGUUUUCUGUGUAUAAAAGGCUCUCAGUCUGCGCUCAAUCAUGUCGAGUGUGUCACCAGACAAGCGGAGGAAGAUGGAGACGGCCCUGAGUCAGCUGAAGAAGUUCACCGUGGUGGUGGCGGACACCGGGGACUUUAAUGCCAUUGACGAAUACAACCCUCAAGAUGCCACCACUAAUCCAUCUCUUAUCCUGGCUGCUGCCAAGAUGCCAGCCUACCAGCCCCUUUUGGACCAGGCCAUCAAAUAUGGUAUCGCCAAAGGCGGAACUGAAGAGGAGCAGGUAUCCAACACAAUGGAGAAGUUGUUUGUGAGUUUUGGUCUAGAGAUCCUCAAGAAGAUCCCAGGCAGAGUCUCUACAGAGGUGGAUGCCAGACUGUCUUUUGACAAAGAGGAAAUGGUUGCAAAAGCCCUGAAGUUCAUUUCUCUCUACAAAGAGGCAGGCAUCGGCAAGGAGCGUGUACUCAUUAAACUGUCUUCGACAUGGGAGGGGAUCCAGGCUGGCAAGGAGCUUGAGGAGAAGCAUGGUGUCCACUGCAACAUGACACUGCUGUUCUCUUUUGCUCAGGCUGUGGCCUGUGCAGAAGGAAAGGUAACACUGAUCUCACCUUUUGUUGGACGCAUCCUUGACUGGCAUAAGGAGAAUACAGAUCGCAAAAGCUACGAGCCACAUGAAGACCCAGGUGUGCUGAGUGUGACCAAAAUUUACAACUACUACAAGAAGUUUGACUACAGCACCGUUGUCAUGGGUGCCUCUUUUAGAAACACGGGGGAAGUGAAGGCCCUGGCCGGCUGUGAUCUGCUCACCAUCUCCCCCGGUCUGCUAGCAGAACUCAGCCAGGAUCACAGUGCAAUCACUGAAAUGCUCAAUGUGGCCAAAGCCAAGGCUUGUGAUCUGGAGAAGAUCCACCUGGAUGAGAAGGACUUCCGCUGGCAGCACAACGAGGACCGCAUGGCCGUGGAGAAACUGUCGGACGGGAUCCGCAAGUUUGCAGCGGACGCCAUCAAGCUGGAGACCAUGAUCAAAGAAAAAAUUAUCAGCGUGAAAAACGGAAAGUAAUGGGCUGAUCUGGCGUCUCCAGUUUCAACAAAGGAGGUGUGAGGAAGGAAUCUGUCCCAUCAGUCCCCAACUACCAACGAGAAGAUCCAAAGUGCCAGAAAGUCUUCGUCCCCCCAUCUGACCAAACUCCAGGGAACCCCCCACCCCCCAAAAGGGCUCUUGGACUUUCUUAAUCUGGGACUGGGUUUUUGAUCAAGCAUAGUAAUCAAUGCUUUGGGGGGUGUGGUUUGUAAUGAAAUGGUUUAAUAUUUAGUCGAAACGGGACCAGCAAGGAAAAUGUGAACAUUGAGUUUAAAAAAAUAAUAAUAAUUAAAAAAGUUCUGGCUCAAUGUCUUGUCACUACUUGAAGGGAUGCUGGGCAUUUUUUUUUCUUUAGGCAGGACACGACCACAGUUUCACUUUUGACAGAUCUUUGCUUUAUCAUGCUCUAACAAGUAUGCUUGUACCAACAUUCCUCCUUGUAUUAAACUUGGCUCUUAACAAA